AUGGAAGAGGACGGCCAAAAUGUGGAACUUGAAAAUACGAAACGGCAUGGAAAAAGGAAAAUUGGAGUGCAAAUUUCUACAUCGACCACCAAUCGCGAAGAGGACCUAAACUUAAAUGUUCCCAAGGAUAGAUUCGAACGCCAUAACAAUUCGUAUCAAGUCGAUUGUACCUUUCUGGUCUUGCUUGGUGCCUAUGAAAAGCAACAGAACGAUAAGCAGUUCAACUUUACAAUCACACUAGAGGAUCAACAAGGAGGCAAGUUUGACGAUAUAGUGCUUCGAUGUCCUACACAAAACAUUGCAGUGUAUAUGCAAUGCAAAUAUGACACAGCGCAAAAUUUUACUAUUUCCAAAACACAAAAUGAUCAAAACAAAAAACAGAAAGCAAUACCCACAAUAGUUGAAUCUGCUUUACUAGCUCCUUGGAAUUCUACACAACCAUAUUCCAUUUGUCUAUGUUUUAUUUCAUUUCUUGAAAGUAAUCAUAGUGAAUCGGGGACAAAUCUCUAUGUGUUAUGUACCAAUGCUGAAAUCGACGAUGAAGUAAAACAAUACUUUAUGGAAGAAAUGCCUAGUACUACCUUUAUAUUAUCAUGUUACAGAAACUUUGGAAGAACUUUAUAUCAACUCAACAAGCUAAUACGAUGGGUAUCUCUAGAAGAAAAACUUAGAAAUGCUAGUCUCAGCUGUCUAGGAAAAUCUUUAGCUCAAUCCAUCUAUCAUCAGUAUAUGAUAACCCUAACGAAUCAGCUGCAUCAUGCAUACGCUGUCCUAAUCAUGAACAUUAUCGAACCGUCAACCCAAGACGUAACGACAGUGUCAAUAUCAAACCAGCAAUCAUGCAACUACAAGUUCAAACAAGAUUUUAUAAAUGCGAACAAUAACUCAUUACAGUCUUCGGCAAUGUGUGAUCUUCGUAGGCAAUUUAUUAUUGAGUACACACAGCUCUUGAAAAAAGACCACACAAAGAAGGACGUUUGGAAAGACGUUAUUGAAAAAGGUAUCAAAAUAGAGUGGCAUUUUACAGUAUCGGCAAUGAACGAUGCCUUCAACUUAAUGAACAACCCAAGCUCUGUAUACUCAAAGAUUGAUGAGAAAAUAGGUGAAUUUUACGACAAGUUUAGAUUCGUUUGUACUCCAAACGAAGAAAUACUUCGUAAUAAUGCUAAACAACUUAUUUCCAAAUUAACCGACGCUGAACCUGAGGCCACUUAUAACAGCCUGUAUAACUCGGUAUGUAAUGUUAUGAAAACAAAUAAAACCUUACACAUUAACGGCAACUUUUUAAACGACACGUUUAGAAAGGUAAAACGCAACACAACUUACGCACAACUAAAAGAGUUAAGCAAGGAAUAUAUCAAGUCUUUAACCAAGUUAUAUGGUAAACAUCUCAUCAAGCAGGAGUGCUUGAAAAAUUCCAUCUUUUAUGAACAUCUUACCACUAACUCUUUCAAUGGGAUUUACUAUUAUUGUAGUUCCGUUGAUUUGAAUGUCAGUUCAAUCGUUCUUCUACAAACUCUGACGUUGUGUGCAAUUGAAUGUUUAUUUAUCGAUGGAACUAAAUUCCCCCCGACCAAAUCAUUACAAACAGUUCUUAAUAAUGUCUUUGAAUACUUAAAUGUUGUUAAAGACUUGACACACUGUAUAAUAGUAGUUUUGGAUGAAUUCGAAUCUGCCACAGCUGAAUCAUUGAAAAAUCUGCACCCUAGUUAUCAGCGCAGGCUUAUAAUAUUAACGAACGAAAAUUCGGAGGCACGGUCAGAAAAGUGUUUGCUCGUGCGUGAUCUUACAGAGGAAGCGCGAAACAAGCUAUAUAAAGAAAACGAGCAGUUACGUUUCUUUGGUACGACUAUUUCUUUACAAAACAUAGUGCAAGAAUCCGACGAUUUGGCCUUUUUAUUCAAUGUUUUGAAAUUCAACGACAAACCGACGGAAUGUUCAAACAUAAAUUUGAACAACUACGAGAAGAUUAAAAAGAUGUAUGUACUACGUGACAUUCAGACUUAUGGUACGUGUAUGACUCCGGAUGAUCUUACGAAUCGGGAUAUUAAAAAAUAUUUUAAAGAUUUGUUUUCCCAUGAAUUCUGCAGUUUUGAAGAAAUAGCCCAAAAUCCUAAUGCACGGCCAAUUUAUUCUUUAGUACAAUCAGCCCUUUUAAAAUCAGAAGAUCAACGUAAAACCUCUGCCUUUCUUGAUAACAACAGUACAAGCAAAUUUAAAAUUUUCCUGGACGAAGCUGGUUUUGGUAAGUCCACUUACUUUACAUGGCUCGCUUGGCAUUUAGCGAACGAACAGCCAUCGCGAUUCAUCAUUAAACUGCAUGCCAUUGAAUAUUCUUCCGAGUUUUAUCGGUUGAAGAAAAUGCCAAAUCAGCUUGAUGAUACAGACGUGGUAAGAAUACUAUUCCAGUUUAUAUCUAUAUUUCUUUAUGAAUCAAAUAUCUACAAACGAUCAUCCUUCGAAAAGAAAGAGUUGUGCGCAAAUUUGUUGAACUUUUCUAAAGGACAAGUCUGGCUAGAUAACCAUAAGACAAAAGGACUUACAUUCGAACAAAUACUUGAAUUGCGUCUGUUCUGCAACAAAUUCAACGAACAGCAACUGAUAUUGUUAUUAGAUGCUUAUGAUGAAAUCGUCCCUGAGUACUCGGAUGUAGUGAUCAAAUGUUUCGAAUGGUUCGCAAAGUUUGAUGGAAUACGUUUCAUAUAUUUAUCCAGUCGUCCUUCCGAUUUUCAAGGUAGAGUUAAAACAACAUUUAAAAAUUGUGAUAUUUUUCAAUUGAAACCUUUUGCACGUCACCAUCAAAUACUUUCGAUACACAAACAUUUUUUGAACGAGGUGACACAGUAUUCUCACUGCGAAGAAAGUCACAAAACAGUUGUGCUAGGUGUUGUUUAUGCCAUUUUAAAUAAUCGUUUGGAAGAUUUGAUCACAUGUCCACAAUUUCUACACAUGGCAAUUGCCCAAUUUUUACCAAUCAUGGAGCAACAUAUAAACUUUUCCUCAAAAAAUAUAUCUGGAACUUGUUUUUCGAACGAACAUUUUAAUACAUUUGAAAUUGUUCAAUCUUUUGUGCAAAAAAAAUUGGAAAUUUUAACAACAGAUAAGUCAGGAUCGACCGACACUUCGUUAAAGACGGUGGUUGCUUUGCGCACACAUAAAUUAUUUAUGCAACAUUUUGAACGACAACAUGCUCUUAUGGCGAUUUCAGUUAUGUUCGAUAAAAGUUUUAUAAAGCUCAUUCCAUCAAGCCAGGAACUAAUUGAUAUUAAGAAAAAUAUUAUCCAAGGGGAAGAAAAAACUGGAAUCAUAGUCCGAAUCAAAAACGACAUUCCAUUGUUUGUUCAUAGGAUUUUUGCAGAAUAUUUCGCGGCUGCUUGGAUGUAUUACAAUAAGAAAACACUUCAAACUCACAACUAUUUCAAAUCGCAGUUGUUUUGGAUUCAUGGAUUAGAUAGAACGCGCGACUUUUUCAACCACAUAAUCGUUAGAGAACAUCCUAGAAAAGACCUUCAUUUGGCCGUGUUGAAUAAAUCUUUUGAACAAGUUAAGGCUAUACUUUUAGAGAAUCCUUCUUGCGUAACUGUCAAAGAUGUUGGUGGUCGAACUCCUCUGCAUUUAGCUUUGCAACAUGACAAUCAUCAGAUAAUGCGCCUUCUGUUGGAAAAGAUGUCCAUCCAUUCGAUUAAUGCAAAGGAUGAUAUUUUUGGUUGGAGUGCAAUCGACUACGCAUUUGUCACAUCCAACAAAUCCGCAAUUAAAUUUCUAUUAGAACUCGGAGCAAGCCUCAGCUUAGACGCCCUUCUAGAGCAAUUGUUGUCAAACGAUAACGAUAAUCUGUUGAUCCAAGCAUGUCAUUACAUCAAUAAUUUGACGUCUGUUGAAGAAACUGAGAUGUUCGCAAAGAACACAGUUAUUUAUUUAUACAAUAAAAGGCGAGUUGACAUAAAUGUUCCUCGUGAACAGUUAAAGAAUUUAACCAUGAUUGAGUAUUGCAUUUCGCAAAAAACAUAUGAAUUAUUCAAACAGUUUAUUUUACACCUAGAUAACCCAAUGAGCUAUUUAAGUACAAUGGCAAACCAACUAUUUCAAGCAGCGUUCGCUAAAAACGCGUACAAUAUUGUAUGUUUUCUUGUUGAUGAAUUCAAUUUGAAUCCUCCGCAAUUCAAAAAUACCUCCACUUUGUUUGCGGCUUUAAAAUCGGCCAUCGAAAUGGAUCGAAUAAAAUCAUUCCAGAUGUUUCUCGAUCAGUUGUGUUUCCGACUUAAUAUCGACUUUGCCGAUGACACAAUGAUUGUUGUUGAGGAUUCCUUCAUAAACAGUAACACUGCAUCGUUGGCCGAAUUCGAUGAUCAAUUUCCAAAGAGCUGUUGUAUACGAAAGUGUAAUAAUGUGUUAUUGACAUUGCCAGAGUACGACUGUGGAAAUGUUGUGGUCAAAGAUCACCUUUUUGAGACGCUACUCGCACAAGCAGCACACAUGGGUCAUGUUCACAUGAUGAGUCACAUCAUACAAAAGUUUCAAAAGCACAUUACUAAUAGAACUAUUGUAACGGUCAUGCGAUUAUUGCCCAAGGGGAAGCGUAUGCUUCAUAAACAAUCCGUUCGAGCCUUUAAAUAUCUGCUGGAAAAAACAAACGAUCUGGACAGUAUUGAUGCAGAGGGACGAAAUUUGUUACACAUGACCAUUCAAAACGGCUGCUAUUUCAUGGUACUGUGCAUCAUCGAAACUAGACUUAACCGCACACUGAUCAACGAAAGAAAUCUAUGGAACGUAUUCCAUUAUAUUGCAUCCAGCGAAUCAAAUUACACAAAUCGGGCAUUGAAAUUGUAUCAGUACUUUAAGUCAAUAGAGAGUACCGAACGCUUCGAUACUGUAGACAUAGCCGACAAUAGUGUGUAUGAAAUUGCAAUACUGAACAUCAAUUUUGACAUGGCAAAAGAAAUGAUAGAACGAACGCUAAUAGAUCCCACAACAUCAUCGGGGCUGUCUUUUGUGCUAAAUACCGUGAGCAGACUUGUGGAUUUGCAUAAAUUAGACAUCGUUCUGGAAUAUUUUAAAUACUUGUUUCAAUAUGGAGAUAUUCCGUGGAUGGAACUCUACAGCACAAUUCGUCAACGAGUACCAGUAAUAUGA